AUGGCGAACCUUGCCGGGGCAUUCAGAGAGUCAUUGCCGGGUCGACAGUUGGAGGUCGUCGCGAUGGUUGUCAACAGCACGGACCACAUCGGAAUAAUCCAAACUAUUUGCGAGGACUUGGUUCCUCUCGGCGUCCAGACUUUACUCAGCGCCGUUUUCGGCGGCUCGUACAUGGACAAUUACAUAGCAACUAGGCAUAUUACCAUGACAACUGGGUAUCUGGGACUCCCAAUCAUAGGACUAAAUGAGGAAAUGACGUGUGUUGUUGAAGAAAUGGACGAACAUGAAGUCUUUCUCCAAAUAGGAUCGUCUAUUUCCCAACAAGUUGGGGCUUUGCUUGCAUUUCUGGAGUAUCACCACUGGUAUCAUUUUGCCAUCAUCACAUCCCAGCUGCCUGGUCGCGUAGAGUUCCUCAGCGAACUUCAACAUCGCACAAUUGGGGAAGGCAGUGACCACGACAGCAGUUGGGAAAUCUGCGAGACGUUUGCAAUGGGAAUCGGUGAAAAUGACACCAUAACCUCCACGUUGUCGAAGCUGACCAAAGGGGAAUGCACCAUUAUUAUUUUAUUUGCUGAUGCAGGGGAAGCGAGGGAAGUAUUUAAAGUAGCCGAAGAAUUAGAUCUACUGACUUACGGCUACAUAUGGCUAGUUCUAGAACUUUCUCUCGGGGGACAUGAGGGUAUUCUUAAACCGCCACCGGAGUUUCCAGUUGGUCUAGUCGCCGUGAAAUUUGAAGGUAUAGACUACACAAUUGACGAUGCAAUAGUAGAUGCCGCUACUACAUACACAACAAGACUGACUGGUUACCUUGCCGACGGCUAUCAAAUUGAGUUGGGGAAUAACGCUGGAUGUAAAGCGCAGGGUGGACACAGUUACCACGGAAGUAAAUAUUUCUAUGACUACCUCACCAGAGAUGAAAUUCCAUACAAAAAUUUUGUGUUUGACAAACACGGUGUCGUUAAGAAUCCAAAGCUCUCGAUAUUAAACCUGGAUUCCUCGAGGACAUGGAAAGAGGUGGGCUAUUGGCAGGACAAUAACAUGACAAUGGCGACCGUGCUGUGGAUUGGUGGCACUCAUGAAGCGCCGAAGGGGCUUUCUCCACAUAGGCAUAUGAGAUUCACAACGAUAGUGGAGGAGCCUUUUGUUUUGACUAUUCCACUGGAAAAGAACGAGGUAGUUUGCAAGUACGGGGUCAAAUGUGGUGAAAAAAACGAAACGACGAGAGGAAAAUGUUGUCUAGGUUUCUGCAUUAGUUUACUAGAAAAACUGAAAGAGGACAUAGGUUUUACCUAUGAGCUUCGCCUUGUCGACGACGGCAACUACGGUGCAAAGGUGGAGGCGGACGGAAAGGAAGAUGAGUGGAACGGCAUGAUUGGAGCAAUUGUAAAACACAGAGCAGAUGCCGCCAUUGGCGCUGUUCGAAUUACGGAAGAGAGAUCGGAAGUUGUCGAUUUCUCGACUCCUUUUAUAUCAACUGGAAUUAGUGUCUUGGUUAAGAAAAAAGACGGAGAGAUUCCAAACAGUGCGUUUCUUGGUUCUUUCCAUUUAUCUGUCUGGAUCUUCCUCCUGGUAAUUGCGGUAAAUGUGACUGCGGUUGUCGUGUUCAUAUUUGAGUGGUUCAGCCCGGGCGGUUACGAUAGAAACUUCGACAACGGAAGAGCUUCCAAAUUCACCAUCGGCAGUUCAAUAUGGAUGACAUACGGUAUCCUCUUCAAUAACACCGUCCACCUUAACGUGCCGCGUAGCUACACUGCCAAAUUUGUCACCAACAUGUGGGCUUGCUUCGCAUUGGUUUUCGUUGCCAUGUACACAGCCGACUUGGUGACGCACAUGAUACAAGAAGACAGUCACAGGAUUAUCACCGGUUUCAAUGACCCCAAGCUUCAAUACCCACUAAGUUCACGAAAACCACUCCGAUUCGCGACGGUGGCUUCAAGCAGCGUGGAGAAUUUGAUCAAAAAGUCCAACAAGGAGAUGCACACCUAUAUGCAAAAGUUUGUAAAACGUAACACCACCGAAGCGGUCAAUGCAUUGAAGAGAGGUGAACUUGAUGCGUUUAUUUACGAUUCUGAAGUUUUGAAUUCUUUUGCUAAGAAGGACGACCAUUGUGACUUGAUGCUUGUUGGUGAUGUCUAUGCAAGUACUGGUUAUGCUGUCGCAUUUGAGAAAGAUUCUCACUGGAAAGAGAGAUUCGACUCUAACAUUCUUCACUAUAAUCAUAAUGGGUUCCUCCAGAAAAUAAGCGAUACAUGGAUGGAAAGCACAUGCGACACCGUUGGUGGAAACACGGCGUCGCGCCAAAGACUUGGAAUAGAAAAUCUUGCGGGUGUGUUUUAUCUUCUGUCAGCGGGGAUCCUGGCAAGUUUGGCGGUGUUUGUCGUUGAACACUUCUGUAGAACGUGCUGUCAAAAGAUUCAGUGCUUUGAAGGACAUCGGAAGAAACAAUCGCUUUCGGUUCUAGUUCAGGUCGUUGCACAAAACCUCUCGACUCCACAUCGAGUCGCCAAAGAUCCAGUGUGUCACAAUAUCGGCUGUUUACGACAGACAACAGAGUUGCGCCGAACAAGAAGUCGAAUAGCGGAACUUGAAAAAGCUUUAGCAAAAAGAAUGUCAUCGACUUCAGAGAUGUACUCAAAUGACCCAAGCGAAGACAAACCAGGCCGUGAAUAUACGGAUACACCACCUCUGGAAAACGGCGACCAUCUGCGUUCGUGUGGGCCGUGGCAUCGUAAAACUUACGACGACAUGGCAGUGGAUCAGGAAGAAUUAGUGCCACUGAAGCUUUCAGAUCAACAUGACAUAGUUCCGAACAACAUAUCGUCGUCAAGGCGUCAAAACAGAAUAGCUUCCUACCCGGUACAGCUACUAAAAACUUCCACCUUUCUCCAAAAAUACAACUCGAGCUUCCUUGAAGAAGAAGAACACUCAGAAGAAAAAAGGAAACGUUGCUUAGUUAGACAGUAUUCGGGACAAUGCGUUGCAUCACUAAACGCCGAGGACGACCUUGAAGAAGUUGACUUGGAAACAACGGUGUAAUAACCUUGUACCUUGAUAUGAUUGUACCUUAAUUAUGUGUUUAUUUUUAUCCCAUAAAAGGGUAAUUUACAUGAAUGAGCUAAACACUGAAUAUAUCUGCACAAUCGACCAAUUCGCCGCGUCACUUACUGGCAUCCCUCACUUUUUCUAGUAUAUAAAUCUUUUUUUGCAAUAAUGAAAUUUAAUGCAAUUAAUAUAAUAAUUUAAACAAUAUAUUUUUUGAGAUAUCUUCCAAUGAUCAUUGAGACAUUAUUCGAAUAUACGAUUGAACAAAUGUAUGAAGAAAUCAAAUUAUGAUCAAUUACAAACAGGAAGUAGAAAAUGUAUUUUAUAGUUGCGAGUUCCUUGCGUUGAAGAUCAUCGUCGUGAAAAAUCAUCCUGGAAACCUUCUCUCGAAUACAGUCCUGAGUAGCUAAAAGCAGUGAAAGGUUUGAAAAGUUCGAUGAAUUCAUACGAUAAUCAUUCUAUAUAAUCCUAAGAUGUUUUCGCUUAAUAAUGACGUCAGCAGACACCAGUGAUUUUAACCACAGUUGUAUACCAAUCCGAGCCGUAGGCCACUGACGGUAAUAUUGACGUCAACAUGAAAGAAAAUAUUGUGGGAUUACAGAUAAAAAUAAAACGACGACGAAGUGUCGAAACAACGAUUUUAAAUAUAUUAUUUCGCGCGCCUAGUAUGUUGUGUUUUCGGUACAAAUUUGAUCUUUCACGAGAACACGCUUGUUCUAUUUGUUAAAUAUUUGCUAUACAACAUUUGUUUGAACAACUGAAUAAUAGUCCGGAUAACCUGUAUUAUUAUACAUCUGUCACCGUAACGCUAUAAGUUACAGGGUGCCGUAAUUUUACGGUAUUUUACGGGGUAUUUUCAUUCUACCAUAUUAAGAAAAGCGAAUGCCAAUUAUGGAAUGAUUAAGCGUCCUCUAAUAUUAACAACAAACAUGGCUGCCAACAGGGUUUGACCGGACUCCACACACUGAAGUUCGUUGAUUCUGCUCUAAACUUUUUGGAUUUCGGCAUUCCCAUGAUGUAUCUUUGGAAGUAAAAGAUGUAUAAUAAUAAGGUUAUUAAGACGAUACCUCAAAGUAUGCACGCAGACAAUACGUCGGUCGUCGCUACUUCCGCUGUACUGUCUUCGUGCCUACUUUGAGGUCUCCUGUUACAGUACAACAAAAACAAGUUCGACAAUAUGAGAUGUAAAACUGUGAUAAGCAUGUUCGGGUGUAGUUGUGUAUUAUCGAAUAUUUUGACAAAAUUCAUACUGUGUAUUGAUUGAAAUUAUCAAAAGACGUUUUUUUUUUCACUUUCAGGGUAAAUUUUAUCUCUACGUUUCGUUCAUUUUGCGAAUGAUAAAUGCUUCUCUAUACAAACAAUUGUAACCCACCUGUUAUUAUUAUCUACACGCGUGGUAAGUGGAUCAAGCCCUUCCCCUCAUUUAUUGAAUUUUCAGAAUAUACUUUGUUACAUUUCAUGGUGCGUUUGUUACAUUUAUCAAUUAAGAAAUUUUCUAAUAAAGAAAUUCAUUCUGA